AUGACUGAGGAGAGACGGCAUUCUCCCCAGCGAGACCGCCCCGAAGACAGGGGCCUGCAGCAUCCGCCCACGCCAGUGGCCGAGGCUGCGGGCCGGAGCCUCCCCCUGAUGCCGGUAGUGAAGGUAGAGAAGGAGCCCGCUGCCUGUGAGCCCUCGGGGGGCCUCAGCGAACUGGGGGAGCCGGUGGCGAAGGCCGGCGGCGGCGGGCGCAGGAGAAAGAGGCCCCUGCAGCGAGGUAAGCCUCCUUACAGCUACAUCGCGCUCAUCGCCAUGGCCAUCGCGCACGCCCCGGACAGGAAGCUGACCCUGGGAGGCAUUUACAAGUUCAUCACGGAGCGCUUCCCUUUCUACCGGGACAACCCCAAAAAGUGGCAGAACAGCAUCCGUCACAACCUCACCCUGAAUGACUGUUUCAUCAAGAUCCCCCGGGAGCCGGGCCGCCCGGGCAAGGGCAAUUACUGGGCGCUGGACCCCAACGCCGAGGACAUGUUCGAGAGCGGCAGUUUUCUGCGCCGGAGGAAGAGGUUCAAGCGCACCGACCUCUCCACCUACCCGGCUUACAUGCACGACGCGGCGGCGGCGGCCGCCGCCGCAGCCGCUGCGGGCAUGUUCCCCAGCUCCGUGCCAGUGGCGCGCCCUCCCUACCCUGGCUCCGUGUAUCCCAACGUGGCGGCCGCCAUGAGCCCAGCGGGCUAUGGCCAGACGCUGGGCCCCCACUCCUCCGUCUACUACCCGGCUUCGUCCCCUGGCCAAUGCCGGGUAUUCAGCAUCAACAGCCUGGUGCACGGUCCUGGAGACCUCCUGCAGCAGCAGCCCGCGCCGCCGCCGGCGCUCGGACGCCCGCUUAGCCCGGACCUCAGCCAGGCGCCUUCGGUCGCCGCAGCCUCCUGCUCCUUCGGGGCCUCAGCCGCCGCGGCCGCUGCCUCCUAUAGCAACCCGGCGUGCAGCGGGGGAGGCGGAGGGGGCGGCGGAGCCGGGCCCGCGGGGGUGCUGCCUCGGCCGUCCAACCCCAUGGCCUACACCUAUCCGGUUCCCAACGGUCACCUGCCCAUGAACCACGGGUCAUAUCCUCAGGGAAACAGCAGCCAGCUGUUUGGGGCGUCCAGCCGGCUGGCAAUGUCCACCUCCCCCUCGGGGGCCAACGACCCUGUGGACUUCUAUGGCCGCAUGUCCCCUGGCCAGAUCAGUUCGCUGGCGCACAGCUACAAUCCGAGCGGGCAGCUCGGGACCGGCCCCAACGCCUACCACGUCCGGCACUCUGCCUACUCCAGCAACGUGGAAAGGUUCGUGUCGGCCAUGUGAAAAAAAAAAAAAAAAGAACACCCCCCCCCCAGGCACCAAGAGAAACUGGGGCAACACAGACCCCACCCCUAUUCCAUCGGGCAAAGGGUGCCCUGGCGGCCAGGCCUGAGCGGUGGGGGGUGUGGAGGACCAGAAGGAAGGUAGAAAUAACCCAAACUGUGCAAUGGGGAGAAAAAAACGGUUGUGAGUCUGUGUGUUGGGAUGAGGGGUACUUAAGGGAGAAGGAGACAGUGCGGAGCAUUGCCUCGAGGCAUUGUCCCGAGGAGGCCAGGACCUCCACUGAAGGUUGCCCCAGAGUAUCCCGCCCUUGCGCAGCGCCCAGCAAAUUACAACUUUUAAUGUGCUCCAUCACUAUUCCUGUGCCCUCAUUGGUACAGAAUUCUUUUGUGGGGCUCUAGAAGGACGAAAUACUCAGGGUGCUCUUCGUGAAUGAGGGAAGAAGGCGCGGGGUGCAGGGAGAAUCCGACCAGGCAACUGGAAAGGGAUCAAAGACACUGGGUCCAACCCGCAACGUUCUCCCAGGUGCCUGUUUGCUUAGAGAGCUGUUCCCUGGGGAGCUGUUGGUCACUAGACUGCUCAGGAGCAUCUGCCGAAGGGAUGCAUGCAGCCUGUUGCUUUGUUUUAUUUUGUUGUAAUGGCUUUCUUGCCUUUUCACCCAGGUGGUUUGUGACAUGAAUUCAUUCCAGCAAACAAACAAUUGGCAGCUUCCUUCGAACUUUCUUUGUCUACCCGGGACAACGGGCAUUUUUAUAC